UGCUGCGAGCGCCACGAGUAAAGUAACUUCCUUUCUCUCCUUUUCUACAGGUUUUACGACGUGCUGUUCGGUCGUCAAAAUGCAGAAGAAACAAAAAGAGCCGAUCCAUUCCGUGCAGGUCUUCGGACGCAAGAAAAGUGCGACCGCGGUCGCCUAUUGUAAGCGUGGACGUGGAAACCUCCGUGUUAACGGCCGGCCGCUGGAGCUGGUGGAACCCCGCGUGUUGCAGUACAAAUUGCAGGAGCCCAUCCUGCUGCUAGGCAAGGAGAAGUUCUCCGGAGUCGAUAUCAGGGUGAGGGUGAGUGGUGGUGGUCACGUUGCACAGAUCUAUGCUAUUCGACAGGCAAUUUCUAAGGCUCUCGUUGCCUACUAUCAAAAAUAUGUCGAUGAAGCCAGUAAGAAGGAAGUAAAGGAUAUUCUUAUUCAAUACGACCGUACUCUCCUUGUUGCCGAUCCAAGGAGGUGCGAGCCAAAGAAGUUUGGUGGUCCAGGCGCCAGAGCACGAUACCAGAAAUCUUAUCGUUAAUAUUCGCAAUGUUUACAUCUUACUCAUAUUGAAUAUAAAAAAAACAUUUAAAAUCUAUA